GCGUUCAUUUCAUUGGUUGAUCUACGCUGUGGGCCAAAUUGAAUUGAACGUUUGCUGCUCAGGCUCUUUCUACGACCAGAGUUUUUAGCCACACACCAACUCAGUCUAAGAUGGGGGACGAUGUAGAGGUGCAUAUCACACCAGAAACCCCGGGAAGACCUUCAAUAAGAAAUCCUUUUGAAAGUCCUAAUGAUUACCACCAUCUUCGAGAACCUCUUGUUCCCAGUCCAUCUGUGUUUAAAUCUAAAACCUGUAAAGCAACGCCUCCGAAGUUUACCUGGUCUAUUGAAGAAAUGGCUAGUCUUUUUCCUGUGCAUAUAGACCAGGAGGAAAUUCAACGGCAGUCUUUUUAUCUCAGCCAAACAAGGACAGAUUCAGACAUUGAGCAAAAGUGUCAAAAUGCCAUUGACCAUUUUUUCACCAAAGGAUCCAUUGUACCAUCACCCUGGGCUGCACCAGAAUCCCGUAAAGUCGGUCCCUUCUGUAAGAAAAGUACUUCAGUGUCUCCAUUGAUAGCUGAAAACCUGGGGAAGAUAUCAGUUGGUUGUCAGACUACGCUCUCAUUGCCAUUGGCCUUUGAUUUGGAAAAAAUACUCGGGGAAUACUACCGAUAUGAAGAAACAUGUGAUACUGUACAGGAGAGCCUUAGUUCCUCAUCUUUGAGACGAAAACUUUUUCUUGAUGGCCAAGGCAGUGGCUCAGAUAGCUCCACACCUCCAAGCCCUGUAAGAGGCCUUUCAGAGCAAUCCAGACUACAGGCAGAGGGAAUAGACAGUGCUACGGAAAACUUACAUAUCCCAGAAAGAGAAACUGUUUCUUCUAUUUUCUCUUCCCCCUUGUCUUGUGGCAUUCCAACUGCAACUCCCUCUACGGGUCAAUUUUCAUCUAGCCCAAUUCAGAAUGGCCGUUUCCGGGACUGCAGUCUUGGUAGCAUGAAUAGUCCUGUUUUACCUGACAGAUCUUCUCCAGCUCGCCUUGCGUCACCCAUCAUUUCCCCUAUUUUUGCACAAGCUUCUUGCACACCCAUAGCUACAAAAAACAAACUACCAUCAAGUUUGACUCCACUAAAUGUUCCUCUGGAUGGUGACGUCACUUCAUGCAUUGUGAGCCCAUUUGUUGAGGGAUGUUCCCCUAUUCGUAGUUGCUCCCCACAUCACCUUAACUACCAUGAGCUCAAAAACUAUUCCAGAUCAAAACUAAGGAAUAGAGUUGGAUUUUGGACCUCACCUCCUCCGAUUUCUCCUAUCCUCAAUCCAAGGCUCCAGGACGGCCAGGAGCUUGAGGACCUCCAACCACUCCCCUCAAUGGAUUUGGAUCCAGUGUCUCUGCAGACUCUUGGUUUUAAAGACACUGAGGCAAUCAAAGAGGAAAACUUAAAGCCUUUGACAAUGGAAGAGGUUGAAAGAAAAGACAUUGGGGGGAGAUUAGAGGACGAGGAACAGGAAUCUGAAGUGCAAGGAGUGCGACUAACCAGCUCUAGAAUGGGAAAUGUGUCUGCAGGAGAGGGCUCUCAAAUGUUUAUGUCCCUUUUGACGGAGGGAAGCAGCAUACGCUAUGAAACAAGCAUGCAGGUGGACAGCGGUUACACGACCACCACCACCACUGGCAGUCUAAUAGAUGGACUCGGUUCAGAGUGCAAUGGCAAAGAGUCUUUCACCUCUAACGUGUCAAUAGAUGCCAUUCAAGUUACAAGACACACUAAACCAAAGAUGUUUUACCCUUAUCAUUGAAAUUUUUACUGACAUAAUUGUCUGAGCUGACUCCAAUGGAAGCACAAGAUUGCAUUUUUUUGCAUCACAAGUUUACUUUUUUUGGCCAAACAAAUCUUGUCUUUUUCCAUUUUGUAAAAUGUGAUGAAUGAAAAAAUAGUUCUACUGUAAUAGGUUUAAAGCAGACUUGAAUAUGUAUUUUGCUGUGGCAUAAAUUUUGAGUUAAUAAUCUAAAUCAUAAUGUAUAUUUACACAUUUUAUCAUGGUUUUAUAAAAUUUCCUCAUACUAUUAAAUUGUUUAAGAAUUGCUAACAUUCAGAUAUUAACUUUUUUGAUAACUAUUUAUUCCAGUAUGACAAGUUAAUGAUUCCUCUUGAUUCAAAUGCUGAUUGAGCCAUUGUUACACACUGUUUACUGUGGGCUGAAUAAUUGUCAGAAUUAAAGUGACUUAAAUCUUAUUGUUGGA